AUGGCUUCCGACUCUGCCUACGCGGCGUUCCUGGAUAAGGCCAACGAGGGUCUCACAGACGGCAAGACAGAGAGCAGGAAGACGGACAAGGCGGCGGGCGACUCAGCCUUCAUCGAGAGCAAGAGACUUGACGUCGAGGAGGACAAGAUCCCUUCUGCCUUGCGUAUCGACGCCUUCUACUCUUCCGAGACAGACGAGCCCUUUGAGCCUGUCGUCCUCGCCUGCGACCACUGGCCGUCAGAAGAGGAGUUUUCACGGCUCGUCCAUGGAGCCAGGCCCACACAGGUGAGCGUCCUCUCGGCCAGCCAGUUCGACAGACACGGCCAGUACGCGCGCGUCCUCGAGGCGGUGCAGAUGGCCAGCCAGGACGACAGCACCAGCGACGGCGACGGCCAGGCGAGAGUCUACCGCGUCCAGCACGACGAGACGAGGUGCGAGUACUGGCUUCUCACCAGGACCAACACCAGCCUUGUCGGCCUCAAGGCGAGGGCUGUCGAGUCUUGA